AUGAUUUAUAUAAUAGAGGUUAAAAAUAGGAGAGUUAAUAAUCCCAACAGUGGGGAUGGGGAUUCGGCAGGCGGGCAAUCCAAGAGUAGUGGUCCAGAGGUGAGUAAGAAUGCUUUACAGGGAGACUUGGGUGCGGGUAGUUCUUCAGGGCCUAACUUAGCAGCGGUGAGUGGGGGUCAAUCUUCUCAAACUCCUAUUGCCCAGAUUAUACCAGAUCCUAUUGUGCAAAAUCCUCGUCCUCUGGAAAAAGAUUCCCAGGGGCAAGAAGCUUCUCCAGUUACUACCUCUCCUCAGAGUGAUACUACCAUUCCUAUUAUCUUCACUCCAAGUGAGUAUGCUGCUCCUAAACUUUCUGACACUUCUGUCAUACCUGUUUCCCCCUCUCCUCUUGCUAAUUCUGUUGUUUCCAAGCAGAGGAAAAAACUUGCUAUUAGAAAACCAAAAAAAGGCAUUGCUAUUCUAAAUGAGCAAAUGCUUAUUGACAACCCUGUUUCUUCCUUAGGCACUUUGAAAGCAUUUAUCAGUCUGACCAUCCAAACUUUGAUGUAUCCUGCCUGCAAGGAAUUCGGAAAACCAUCACUGAAGACAUGA